UUUGCUCGAGCGCAGUACGGCUUCACGUGUUUUAAUGACACCGUAAAGAAAUUAUUAUAGUUUUAACCGUUAAAUUAUUUUGAAAAAUGUUUAUCAAACUAAGUGUCAUAUUAUUUGUUCUCCAGUUUUCGGUCGCCCAGGAGGAGAAUCACCAUUGGGAGCUAGCGGUGGUCACUGACGACAGAAUUGAAUUGUUAUUGUCGAAUGGAUCGUUGGCGGGGGAACCGUUCGAACAUUUUUACGAAUUUACAAAACUAAAAGCUUUGACUUUCGACAAUGUACGACACCAGUUCAUUGUCAGUGAUAUGGACCAACAGAAUGACACUAUUUUCUCUGUCCAACUUACUAAAGAGACUGAUAUUACGCCCAUCAUCGAAGAUCUUCCAGAUGAUGUUCAGGGAUUAGCAAUAGAUCCCAUUACUGAUAUUUUAUAUUGGACCGAUUCAAUUAAUCGAACUAUUAAUUAUGUAUAUUUAAAUGAUUCCCAUUAUCAACCAAAGACUCUUUUUGCGUUUACAGAUGGGAUUCCUCAAGACGUCGCUAUCGAUAUUUGUCAUCGGUACAUAUAUUGGACAAAUUCGGAUAUCAACAGACCUUCAAUAGAGAGAGCGAGACUUGACGGUUCAGAACAUGAGAUUCUAGUGGAUUCUGGCCUCCACAAGCCAAUUGGCAUUGCGAUAGAUUACACGGAACAAAGACUAUAUUGGACGGAUAUCAAAGAAGGCAUCUACUACAGUUUAGAAAGCACUAAUUUAUCAGGAUCAGAACGUCAAGUAGUAUACGAAGGAACCCACGUAAAGCCCUUUGGUGUAGCUGUCGACUCUGAAGCAAUCUACUGGACUGAUCUCAACAAUAACAUCCUCUGGAUGAUGUCAAAGCAUGACAAAGAAGCAGUUCCUAAAGAAAUACGCCAUUUUAAAGGCAAACCCAUGGGCAUAAUUACCAAAAACGUACAAAUUAAAACUCUACCCGAUUGCGACGUACUAUCAAAAGCUGUAGCCAGCUACAACAAAUCCGUUGUUGAAGUAUUCAAGGAGGAAUCAGAUGUAGAGCUAGAAAAUGAAGAAACUUGUUUCAAUGGAGGGUACUUAACGGAUUCCAAUGUUUGUCACUGUUUACGAGGCUUCGCAGGGAAAAACUGCGAAAUUUCUCUUUGCCAUAAUUACUGUGUUCAUGGAGAGUGUUACUCAUCGUCUCUCGGAUAUCCGCAAUGUCGCUGCUUGCGUGGUUUUGGCGGAAAACGAUGCGAGAGGGACGUGUGUGACAAUUAUUGUUUGAAUGGGGGCGUUUGCUCACGAGUCACAGAAUCGGGAGUGUUCGCUACGUGCAGCUGUCCAGACGGCUUCACUGGGAACAGAUGCGAAGAAAGCACUAUUGAGAUCUGUAACGUUUUUUGCCAGACACACAAGAAUGACGUUCUAAUCUCGAAAGAAACUGUCAUAUGCAGGUGUGUGGAUGGUUUUGCAGAAAUCCCAAAAAGCAACCUAUCUUCGCUUCCGUUGUUGUCGAAGGAGGAGCCAAAGGUGUUCUUCGACCAUUUCCAGGACAAUGCGUUCCUGGCGAUGUCCUGUCUAGCGAUUACAAUGUUAGUAAUUAUUAUAAUUCUCUCGGCAUAUACGUGCUUCUUGCGCAGAAGACCAAGAAUCAAGAAGCGCAUUAUAGUAAACAAGAAUGUCACUCCUCUUACAUAUAUGCAACAACCCGCAACAGAGCAGUGUGAGAUUACUAUUGAGAACUGCUGCAACAUGAAUAUAUGCGAAACGCCCUGUUUCGAGCCACCAAAACUGCCAUGCAUACAAAAUAAAAGUGACGAUAAGAAGAAGCUGAUAUCCAACAUGGAAAAUGGCGAGGAUUUAUAUUGAAAACUAUCUAAUAUUAGAUAGGCUGUGACUCCCAAAAGUAUUAAAUUGUUAAGUUUGCUAUUUAUAAUCGAAAACGAAGACUAUACCCAACGAUGCGUGAAAUCAGUCCACAAGUGUUCAAAGUUAAAAACUUGUACACAAAACGAACUUAUAUAAUAUUUAUAUAACCGGGCAGUUACUUUAAGUUUGUGUGCACGUUUUCUUACUUAAAAUCUUACUUAAUUUUGCGUUUCUGAUUUUUCUAAACAAACAUUCCAGGAACGACUCGCAAUAUCAUGAUUUCCAUGACACCGUUGUACUUAUGUUUACGUAUAUUCUUACCUUUCAGUUGUGGGUAUUGUUGACCAAGGUCCAGUGUAACACCUUAACGAAAAUGUUGCUGGAUCAGAGCUAAUUUUUGUCAUUGUAUCAAUGCAGAAAAUAUUAUUUAGACAUUAAUAUCGAUUUUAGUGUAUGAAUUGGUAACAACCAAAAAUCUUGACUGACAAUUUUUUUUUAAUGAAAAUUGAAAAAACUGGCGUUUUUGGUAAUUUUGACUCGUGGUAAUAUUCACACACUGUUGGUUAAAACUGCUUACCUGUGAUGCAGAAUACAUGAUUCUGAAACGUACUGCUUGGGAUUGGUGCUCAGCUUACGCGCGGGAGUAUUCUAUAGCAAAUUUUGUUGCUUAAAUCACAGUCGUCCUAACAGAUAUAAAAACCAAAGCGUUUACCAUUUGUUUUUCACUGUUUUGAGUUUUCAUUGAAAAAUGGUCAGUUUUUUAUUUGUGAUAGUGUGUAGCGGCUCGGCCGAGAGAAUAUUUAUUUCAAUUUUAUAAAGAAUCUUGAUUUAUGUAUUAGGUAUGAGGUUGUGAGUAGGUUAGAUAGAAAAACGGCUAAAUGAAACUACUAAAACGUGCCUCAAGUCUGAACUAGUAAUGAGGGAUAAAUGUAAUACAAAUCAUUUUGGGCCUAUCGUUCGGUUUAUCUUUAGUGGGCAACGUGUGAAGCCAACAAUCAACGUACUUUUGUGUCCUCAUUUCCGAAGAAGUAGAUACAAUUUUUAUCGUUCUGCAUUUAAUGCUGUUACAAUUUUAUUUUUAUUUAUUUAACACAAUUAGAAAACGUAAGGAAACUAUAAAAUUUUAAUGUCAAUAGGUGCAGAAAUCAAAUGCGUAUGAACUUUUUCGGAAAUCGAUAGAGGCCAAAAACACCAAUAUUUCGGCUCAUUAAAUGUGUCUUGCUUAUAGGCGGCACAUGCUGUCGACUAAACAUGAACUGAAGUAUAGAUGUAAUUUUAUCAAAGUUGAUGUGGAAUUCUCGGUAGUAUCAAGCUAGGUAAGUUUUUAUUUCAUUUACUUCAAACGGGUGUGGUUUGUAAUAUCCGCAUCAGUGAAAUGUGAUAUUAUAACUAGCUCUAUUUUUCAAAUGUGUAUAUAAAUUUUUUAAAAAUAAAAGUGAAUUGUUAGAAAA